UCGUCCUGGGCAGAGGAAGCAGAACUGUCACGAGAGCAGGAGCGCUGAGCUAAAGUACCUCUGAAAGGAAGCCCCAGUAAAAAACCAUGUCAUUUUGCAAACUUCUUCUGAGAAAGAUUGCAACCAGAUAAAGCAGGGGCAGUUUUCUUGCCUGGUAAAAGAAGGCAGCGGCAUAAUGAGGAAGCAGCUUAUCACCCACCUUAUAGGCUUUUGCUGGCUCGUCUGCUUCAAGGGGACUCAGCGUGUCUCCUGCGCUCUGAACAGGUGCAACGAUCCAAUGCUGUGCCCUGAUCACGCAACGUGCACCAAUACUCUCCAGGACUACUACUGCACCUGCCGACCGGGGUUCAUAUCCACUUCGGGGGCCAUGAAGUUCACCGAUCCAGCCGUCCGUUGCAACGCUGACAGGUGUACGGAUUCAUCUGUCUGUCCUGCUUAUGCAACCUGUGACAACAUCGCCGGGAGCUACCAGUGCACCUGCAAACGUGGGUUUGCAUCUAGCUCUGGGGAGCGGCACUUCACUGAUGCAACAGUGACGUGCAAUGAUCUUGAUGAAUGCUCCCUGGACCCAUCGUCCUGUGGCCCCAGCUCCAUUUGCACCAACACAAGGGGCAGUUACACCUGCACGUGUCCCCCAGGCUACCUCCGCGGGAGCCAGGCUGGCAUCCAGUUCAGCUGCAUAGAUGUGGAUGAAUGUUCCCAAAGCCCUGCAAUCUGCGGGCCCAAUGCCUCCUGCAUGAACACACCUGGGAGCUACACCUGCCAGUGCUCACCCGGGCACCAUCUAUCCACGCCAGGGCCUUGGGUACCCGGAUCAACCCGCUGCACAGAUCUUGACGAAUGCUCCCAGGACCCAUCGUCCUGUGGCCCCAGCUCCAUCUGCACCAACACACUGGGCAGUUACACCUGCACGUGUCCCCCAGGCUACCUCCCCCGCAGCCAGCCUGGCAUCCAGUUCAGCUGCACAGAUGUGGAUGAAUGUGCCCAAAGCCCUGCAAUCUGCGGGCCCAAUGCCUCCUGCAUGAACACACCUGGGAGCUACACCUGCCAGUGCUCACCCGGGCACCAUCCAUCCACGCCAGGGCCUUGGGUACCCGGAUCAACCCGCUGCACAGAUGUUGAUGAGUGUCUGGAUCUGGCAUCAUGCCCUGCGCACGCCGCAUGCACCAACACCCCAGGAAGCCACUACUGCACCUGCAAUACGGGCUUUGCAUCCAGUUCUGGGGAGCAGCGCUUCACUGACCCAGCAGCGCAGUGCAACGAUCUUGACGAAUGCUCCCAGGACCCAUCGUCCUGUGGCCCCAGCUCCAUCUGCACCAACACACUGGGCAGUUACACCUGCACGUGUCCCCCAGGCUACCUCCCCCGCAGCCAGCCUGGCAUCCAGUUCAGCUGCACAGAUGUGGAUGAAUGUGCCCAAAGCCCUGCAAUCUGCGGGCCCAAUGCCUCCUGCAUGAACACACCUGGGAGCUACACCUGCCAGUGCUCACCCGGGCACCAUCCAUCCACGCCAGGGCCUUGGGUACCCGGAUCAACCCGUUGCACAGAGGUCGCUUCAAAUGAUCUGGUGAGGAAUUGCAAGAACCGAGGGCUGGAUGCGGCUCACAACUCAUCCCCAGACGAUGAUGCGUUCUGCAUGUUAUUGGCCUCCACCUUCAGCAUCUUGGGAAACCCCAACGAAAGGAAGAACUCCACCGUCUCUCUGGAGAAAGCCGCUGAGGGAUUUGCCUCCAUCCUGGAUCAGACGCCCUCCUGGUCCAACCUGAGCACGGAGCAGGUCUCCACCAUGGCCACCGUCUUCCUGGAGAAUGUGGAGAAUGUUGUGCUGGACGUCCUCAAGAACCCCACUGGGAACGGGAGCCAGAACAUCCAGAUGAAACAACUGGAUCUCCAGACCAAAGUCAUUGAGGACGGCUGCCCCGGAAAGGACUCAGUUGUCAGCCUGGAAGUCAAAGGGGAGACCAUGAAGAUUAGCUGCAGAACAAUCCAGGGAACAGUGGCACAAGCUCGGGCUGGAGUGGCGUUUGCCUCCUAUGUGGGCAUGGAGUCCAUCCUGAAUGGCAGCUUCUUCCAUGGCCAAAGGGCCACCUCUGUCUGGCCAGUUCAGAUAAAUUCCAGGGUGGUGAGUGCCUUUCUGACCAGCCAGGCCAAGACUGAUUUCCCGGAUCCGAUCAACUACACCUUCCAGACCAUCAUGCCAAGCAGCAGCCCCGACAAGCUCAUCUGCGUCUCAUGGGAGGCCACGGACCGGCGUGGCAGCUGGUCUCGGGCAGGGUGUGGGGUCAUGCGCAGCAAUGCCACUCACACCACAUGCAGCUGCAAUCGCGUCUCCAACCUGGCCGUCCUCAUGGCAUCGGGGGAGAUAACGGCAGGCUUCCCACUGUUCCUCAUCUCCCACGUCGGGCUGGCCCUGUCCCUGCUGUGCCUCUUCCUCGCCAUCCUCACCUUCCUCCUGUGCCGCUCCAUCCGCAACGUGAACACCUCCAUCCACCUGCACCUCUGCCUCUGCCUCUUCCUGGCCGACCUGCUCUUCCUCACCGCGGUGGACAGCCCCAGCCAUCAGCUGGCCUGCGCCAUCAUUGCUGGCCUCCUGCACUACCUCUUCCUGGCCUGCUUCGCCUGGAUGUUCCUGGAGGCCGUGGUGCUCUUCCUCACUGUCCGCAACCUCGGGGUCGUCAACUACUUCAGCACCCACAGCCCCAAGAUAUGGCACCUGAGCCUCUUCGGCUACAGCUUCCCCGCCCUGGUGGUGGCCGUCUCGGCAGCGGUUAUGCCGAAGGGCUACGGCAGGCAGGAAAACUGCUGGCUCAGCAUGGAGAAGGGGUUCAUCUGGAGUUUCCUGGGGCCAGUGUGUGUCAUCAUCGGGAUUAAUUCCGUCCUUUUUGCCUUAACCCUCUGGAUGCUGCAGAGAAAGCUUUCCAGCCUCAACACUGAAGUGUCCACCCUUAAGGACACCAGGCUCCUGACCUUUAAAGCCAUCGCCCAAGUCUUCAUUCUGGGCUGCACGUGGAUUUUCGGUCUCCUUCAAGUCGGCCCAGCCGCCACGGUCAUGGCGUAUUUAUUCACCGUUGUCAACAGCCUGCAGGGAGUCUUCAUCUUCCUGGUGCACUGUCUCCUCAGUCGCCAGGUGCGGGAGGAGUACAAGAGACGGUUCACCUGCAAACCUAAGUCCUACAUUUCCGAUGUCUCCAUGUCUACUUUAGCCACCAGCAGCAAAGUGGGCUGACGUUCUGGCCAGGAGGCAGGAGAUGUCAUCGCGCCACAGGAGAAGGAACAGCUUAUCGCAGAACUUGAAUCUGCCUUCUUUAAAGUGCUUGCAGGAUCAGAACUUCGAAACCAACCUGCCAGCUGGAGUGUGAUCCCGGGGUUAAAUCAGCGGGCUGGCAAGGGGAGAGGGGUGUGAGGAUUAGAGCUGGGGGUGCUGGCAGUCAGGACUCCUGGGUUCUUCUAUCCCUGGCUGUGGGGUCUAGUGGUUAGAACAGGUUAGGCUCCCUAGGCAUGGGCCAGUAGCACCUAUAGUUUUAAUCCAGCUAUAGCUUAAUCCGCUGCUGCUUUUUGGAGAUUCCCUUUCUCCUUAUUUAUCAUUCCCCCCCUGCCCCCGAAUCCUUCAGUCCCCUGAAAUCUGAGCAGAUUUCGCAUGUCUGUGGCAUUUCAGUACUGUAAAAUGAGUUUGAUUUUGAA